ACCCAACCCACGCGCGUCUCAAGCUUACUUUUUGGUCUGCACUAUUGCUUCCGCUUCCUUUUGGAUUUCCAAUAGAGACUGAGAAAACAAUUCAAUUGCCAAAUCGCCGGACCCCACCCUCGAGCAUUGCCAACACAUCUGCUCUCCACAAUUGUUGACCUGCCGCAUGUUUAGUUGAAAUGGCUCGUCUGAACGAGGUUCCGGCUUCGACGGAGAAUGUAGAAUCAUGUCAGUUCUAACUUCUCCUACAUCUUGCUACCUUACUCAUUGUUGGCUAGUGAAGCGUAAGUUCAUGCGACAGAACCGCGACAUCGCUCGAGCAAACUCUGCCCAGUCUCUGCGAAUUCGAAGCCUCGAAAACGAAGUAUCCAAACUUCUUGCCGACAAUCUUGGACUAAGGGGACAUAUCAUCAAUCUUCAGAACGAGAUAGAAAAUGGACAGGCGCAACGGAUUGCGGAGCAUACUGGCCAUAUCAAGGCUGAACUCGAGGCAAAACUCGCCGAGAUAAGUGCAAUGCUCAAUGGGCUUGGGCAGGUACAGCCAAACAAGAAAUCUCCCAGGGCAGGAAGAAUCACAAGAAAGAGUUUGAACGGCAGCCCGGACCAGAAGAAUUGGAAGAACAUGUGCAACUUGAGCGAGGCUGUUGCAAGCCAAGAGGGUAGAUUACCGCCCAUUUUGGAAAACAAACAAUACCCAAGAAAAACCUUAGAGUAUGUUCAAAAUUUCCUUUCCCCAACCUCUCAAACAAAACUUCUUCAUGAUGAGCAACAUUGGUCCGUGUUACCGAGUGGCCUCAAGAACCGUCAUAUGACGAUCACCAUUGCAUUCAAGUGCACCUCUGAUUACUAUGUUUCCUGUUAUGGCAUUUAUCUGUAUGAUUUUAUCGCUUGGCAGUUUAUGCUGACGUCCAUAGGCACCAAGAGCUGCUACAGCUUGUUGCAGAUGCAGACGACACCACCGAAUCGCCUGACAUCGGGCCUCCUCCAGUAUCAAAAUUCGUAGAUGAAGAUCCUGUGAAGAUUGACCUUCCCUCACGAAGACCAAGCGAUGAUACCGAGGAGCCAUCGGAUAUCGAUCCAGUUAUGUCAAAAAAUCUAGAGCAAAGACGAAAGCGGAGGAGUAGUGGAACCCCAAACGACACCAACGCUAUCACUGUUGCUAUGCCACCACAAGAUGACCAGGAGAGGAAAGAGAGCGUGAAAACAGGCGCCAAAAGGAAGCUCAACGUUAGAGAGGACGAAGAAAAGAAUGAUGCUUCCCGAAACCGACCAAUCUCAGCAGAUGACUUCAAGUUCUCCCGUGUCAGCGAGGAAAAGAGUAGAAGUAGAGUGGUUGUCCUGCCUGAGAGGUCGACAGGGAAAUCAGCUAGAGAAAUUGCCGUCGCUAGAGGAGCUCGGGACAAACGAUCCUCGACCGCAAGCUCAACAGGAAGAAGGGCAUUGGCAGCAAAGAACAUCAAUACUUCACCAAAGAAAUCUUCGAGGGCAACAAACCAGGAUGAUAUCAAGGUCGCAAAAGCAGAGAUUCCAAAGCUCAAUCUACCAAUCGAGAAUCUCAAGGAUAGCAAACGAGCGACGGUCACAAUUCAACCUGUGGAAGAACCGCAAAUCGUCAACAUAGUCGAAGUCCUACUGGAGCCUGAAACGCCAGCAGCACUUGACACUUUCUCUCCAUUUUCGGCAGGGCCUUCAACGGUGCGGUUAGCAGACAGUCGGGAUACCCCACCACCACCAGAUUUAGGACGAGGCGUAGAAGGUUCACGGCCCAGUCGAAGAGCACGUGGUGCUGUGAGUUAUGCGGAGCCGAACCUGAGGGAUAAGAUGCGAAGACCUACGAAGGAGAUGAUCGAUGCAGUAGCAAGGGAUGGCAACUCAGCCCGAGGAUCUGCUGUGAAGUUAGAGAAUAAUCCAUCUCUGUCCGACAACAUUAAAUCGGAGCCGGAAGAGGAUUGUUGGAAAAACAUGCCUCUAGCCUCAGCAGCCACGGUUGCAAAUAGUCCUCUCCGAAGCAAAGCCACGGAGCAAGACCUCUUGCCGAGCAGCAUCACCACCCAUCGAAAGAGACGCGAAUCCCUGCUUCAGCAAGCACCCCUUGAAAAGACUGGGUCAGAAACAGCUAUGACAUCGCUCCUGGCAGAGCACAGGAAAGCAAAGGCUGCCAGAGAGAAGGCUCUAGAGAAUGAAGGUGCUGGCUUGGCCAACGCCGUUGAAAAGCUUGAAAUUUACGAAUUCUGUGGAUCAGCGUCUCCAGAUAUCCUGCCACUCAAGCCUGCCGCUGAGGAGAAAUCGGUAUUCUCAAGAUCAACACGAAGGCAAUCAUCUGCUACCCGAGAAAAUACGAAUGUCGAUGACGGUGAAGCUUCUGAUAUGGAGGUUAAAAAACGCCCUCUAGUCAGUCGUCGAAGGCAAUCUACCCUGGGUGUGCGCGCCGAACCCUCAAAUGACAAAAAUAGUGCUCUGAGAAAGGCUCUCAACGCACAAAAUGCUGCCGAUACUUCAGUUGCCGAUUCCAGGGGUGACCGUAUCUCUGCGCGGAGACGAAGCAUGAUGUUAUGAGUAAUGUAGUAAAUUGUAUGGAGGGCCUCUUUUUUUUCUGGCGUGUUACUACGGGUUGGAUACCCUCGUUCUCCUUUUGUAUUCAUUGAAGCGAUUUGGUUGGAAUGAGCUGGUGGGCUUUUUCGUGGCUUGCGUGUUUUUGGUAGGGCUCAUAGGUUGACGAUUGAUCGCGCUUUUUUUAUGAUACCAAUAAAGUUUGUUUUAUCUCAUAAAUGUUUGUGUUUGUGGUGAGCCUUUUGAAGUGUUGCUGUCCUGUAUAUCUUACUUGUUUUUGUUUUGAC